UUCGUGUUACAACGUAACGCUUCGCGUAUCGUUUUCAGCGCGUCUAACAAAACCGACCACUGACCGGAAUGUGAGAUAGUGAGAACACAAACUGCUCGCUAAUAAUUUAAAUCAAAAUCAAAAUAAAAUAAAAUAAAAGUGUAGUGUUUUUAUUCGAACUUAGAACUCUGAUUAUAAACUUGUAUGCCGGAGUAAAUUGGACUUUAUUCAUGCCGAUGCCGAUAACAAAACAAACAAUAACAACAACCGCACAACAAUGGAAGAAGAACUGAGAUGCUUCGCAUGCAAGCAAUUGUACAAUAACCCGGUGUUGUUGCCGUGUUACCACGCGCUGUGCCUCAACUGCGCCGUGCACAUCCAGCAGCCGGUGGUGCACAAUGGCACCGCAGCCAACGGCGCCGGCGAGAAUGCCGAGAGCGUCGCCAGCGGCUCUUCCACCAGCGAUUACCAGGAGUCCGAUAAACUAUCCAUCUUAAGCGAGACGGACAGCGGUGUCGUGUGCACCUCGCGGCCCAGCAGCUACGUGGGCACGCCGAACGGCGGCGUCUACGCCAGCGCGCUUAAUCUCGCCUGUCCUGCAUGUCACAAGGUCGUCUACUUCGACGAAAACGGCGCCCAUAAUCUACCCAAGUUCCGCGUGAUGCAGCAUAUCGUUGACCGGUACGGCGCGCAGCGCAAUCUCCAACACAAAUGUCAGAUGUGUGCUGGUGAACCAGCCAACGACGCCGUCGUCGUCUGCGAGCAGUGCGAGAUCUUCUACUGUGAAGAUUGUCGCGACACGUGUCAUCCCAUGCGCGGGCCACUGGCUAAACAUACCAUCGUCGAAGCGAAACGCGGUUCUUCUUGUCCGGUGAAGUUACGCGAUGGAAAGUGCGCUGAGCACGCCGAAGAGAACUUGACGAUGUACUGCAUCGUCUGCAAGAGCGGCGCGUGUGCCCUAUGUCUCAUGGAUGGACGACACAAUUCGCAUGAUGUGCAGGCCAUCACGACUAUGUGCAAGGCUCAAAAGACUGAAUUAUCUCACAAUCUUCAGCAGCUCUCGGAGCGGGCGCGCUCCACCACGGAAUUCAUCCAGCGGCUCAAAGGCAUGAGCGACAAAGUCAACGAAAACUGUCAGGAGUUCGAGCGCGUUGUGUCGGCGCAAUGCGAGGCGCUGAUCGACGCAAUACACGUGCGACGCAACCAACUCCUGGAGUGCAUCCGGCAGGAUAAAGAACUGCGUGUGAGGGCGCUGAAGGAGCAAGUUGGGACCUGCACGGUGCGCCUACAACAAACCACUGGUUUACUACAGUUUUGUAUUGAGGCAUUGAAGGAAACAGACAGCGCUGCAUUUUUACAAGUUGGUGGUAUGUUAAUAUCACGUGUGGCUAACACGGAUCACUCCUGGCAUAAAGAAUGGACUGCUCCAAGAGUUUCACCACAUUUUGAUCUCACCCUGGACGAUAAAUCCGUUCAUCGUGCCAUUGAUCAGCUCAACUUUAUACAAAUGAAGCCUUACAAAGAUGGCGAAGAAAGAGUGCCUGCAGCGCCGGCCGCGCCGACAAUAAUACCGGAGGAGUGCAGCGCCGAGAACAAUUCGGUGACGGUCGCCUGGCAGCCGCCGCCACAGUCACACGUCGAGGGCUAUGUAUUGGAGCUGGACGACGGUAACGGCGGCGAGUUUCGGGAGGUCUACUGCGGUAUCGAGACCAUUUGCACCGUCGACGGGCUGCACUUCCACUGCAUGUACAACGCGCGCGUGAAGGCGUUCAACAGCUCCGGCGAGGGCGAAUACAGUGAGCUAAUCGGUCUGCAAACAGCCGACGUGGCGUGGUUUGCGUUUGAUCCUCUCCUGAGUGGUCCCGGACUGCACUAUUCCGAAGACAGUGUUACGGUCACCGGAGAGGGCUGGGAGCAUCGCGUUGCUCUGGGCAGUGUGGGGCUCAGUCGUGGGGUGCACUACUGGGAGUUCACCAUUGACAAAUUCGACGCUGAUACUGAUCCUGCGUUUGGGAUCGCGAGGAUUGAUGUUGCGAGGGAUAAAAUGCUAGGAAAAGAUGAUAAAGGUUGGGCAAUGUACAUCGACCGUCAGCGUUCAUGGUUCCAACACGCCGGAGGACACGAGCAACGCGUUGAUGGCGGCAUCGCCGUGGGCAGCACAGUCGGAGUGCUUUUAGAUCUCGACCGCCAUGUUCUCUCCUUCUACGUGAAUGAAGAGCCGCAAGGCAGCGUCGCCUUUCAGGACCUCUACGGCGUCUUCUAUCCAGCUGUUAGUCUCAAUCGGGGAGUGAGUGUGAGUCUCCAUACGGCAUUGGAUCCACCCUCAGAUAUCGAAGAAACUUAAACUUUCCUCGCCUGCAUACUCUCAAGACUUGGAUUAUAGAGGAAUGUAACGGAAAGGUACUAUUUAUUUAAUUUAUUGCAAGAUUUUGCGCGUUUGGAGACGCGUGCAAUUGCGGAAUUUAUGUAAUACAUAUCCAUAUGUCCUGAAUCAACCCCUAAAGAGACUCACAUCGUGUUGAUCGAAAUGCGAGGGGCGAAACUUUCGCACUCCCAAGUUCAUCGUAUAAGACUGAUAAGACCGACUGGUACUUAAAGUUUCGGGUCAGUUUUCAGCGCGACAGCGUGAAAUCUACACUGCCCCGACGUCCAACCGAAUUCAUGCGUGUAUUAUAGACACACGUAACUCCUUUUUGCGUAACUUUCAACGUUAAACUCUAAUUCGUAUACACGUUUACCACACCAUUAAACAAUUAUACAAGCAGAACACUAUUUAAUCGAUUUAUAAUACUGUACUUGCAUCAAAGCGGCGCUCAGCGUGCGUCAAACGCGAGAAAGCGAAAAGAAUAUGAAAUUUCUAGUCCUAAAUUUAUAACCUAAAAAGAAAAUAUUGACGACAAAUAUGUUAAACAUCUCUGUGUUAUUUACAUUAGUAUAACCGGUCCAAUACAUUGUAAUAUUCAGAUACAAAUUUAUUCGCAAAAUGUUUUUUUUUUAUUUGAUUGAAAGUAGUUAGUUUAUUUUUAUUACACAACUCAUGCAACUCAUGUUCUGUGGGUUACCUAUAGUUGAUUAAAGAUUUGUAUCUGAAAUAUUUCAUAAAAGUCGUGCUCAAAACAUCGCAAAUGUAGUGGAAUUCGUUCAGAUGAAACUAUUUUCCACGUUUUACAAUAUGACUCAAUGUCGCGUACGAAAUAUAUGAAUGUUUAUAGAAAAUGAUAUACAUACAGACAUUUUUCAACAAUUUCGAGGUUAAAUUUAUCGAAAUAAUACACACGUAGAGGUUAUCGAAAUGAUUUCACAAUUAUUUUUCGUAUUUCUUUAGGUUUAGUACAAUGAAAUAUGAUUUUAGACUCUAAGUAAAGUAAUUUAACGAAUAAUUUAAUUAUUUACGAUAGCAGAUGUCGCUAGUUGUGUUCCGUUUAUGAUUUAUUUUUUUGGUUCGAUUCGCAUUCUUUAAGCAUGAGAAAUAAAUCACAUUGUUGCAUAUAAACGUAUAUAUUAUGAUUAUGCAUAAAUGAAACACGUGUAAAUAGGAUUUGUACAAUAAAAUGUGAUCAUAUUAAA